GAUGUGCCCCGUUGGGAUCCGGAACUGUGAGCUGCCAGCUCCGCCCGCUGCCCUUCAGUCGAGCUGCGACAGGAACACCGGAAAGUGUUACAUUUAGCACACUGGACAAGACAUCCAAUAACUGAGUAAUAAUGCUCAGAAGCAAAGCAUUCAGUCUGUUAAAACCAAUUCCCUUGAUGUUUGGCCAGUCAAAUUUGGCUUGUAAAUGUAUUCAUCCAGCUAUUGCUUUUCAUGGACAUCGCUGUCACAGGAGAAGUCCUGUGGAUUACAAACAGAGGUACAAGACAUACUCCUGUAGUGCUGGAGGAAGAACAAUAAGUGCUUCUCACACCAAGGUCAUGGCAGAAGACUUGCCGGGCGUUUUGAUUCUGGAUAUAGGGGGAACUCAUGGUGUGCUAGAAAAUCUUGCAGUGCUUUUGAAGAAACACUUUCACCUCAUCACCAUGAAGGAGUUUCUUGAAAACAAAAAGGAAAUGAGCAAAAAAAUCCAGUCUGUUUUUGUGUUUGAGUGCAGGCCAACUAUUGACCAGGAGCUUCUAGAAAGCCUGCCUAAUUUAAAAGUAAUUGGAAACUCUGGGGUUGGAGUCGAUCAUUUAGACUUGAAAAUGAUUUCUAACUUUGGCGUAAAAGUGACCAACACCCCACAUGCUGUGGCGGACCCAACAGCAGACAUGGCAAUGGCUUUGAUGCUGGCCUCUGCCAGAAGACUAGUAGAAGGCUGCCAGAUUGCAAUUUCUCCAGACACGAAGUGUUUUGCUGUUGACUGGCUGGGUGUGGAAGUAACCAGAGCAACGCUUGGGAUCGUCGGGAUGGGCAGCAUUGGGUACAAAGUAGCUCAGAGAGCUAGAGCCUUCAACAUGAAGAUCCUGUAUCAUAAUAGGAACCGGAGGAGAAAGGAAGAGGAAGAGGUAGUUGGUGCCCACUACUGUGAGAAGAUGGAAGACUUGCUGCAGCAAUCUGACUUUGUUAUGUUGGUUGUGAACCUGACUCCUGAGACUCACAAACUAAUUGGGAAAAAGGAGCUGGGGCUGAUGAAACCCACAGCUACACUAAUAAACAUCAGCAGAGGUGCAGUUAUUGAUCAAGAUGCGUUGGUAGAAGCUCUCCAGAAGAAGAUUAUUAGGGCUGCUGCUCUGGACGUGACACACCCUGAGCCUCUGCCAAGAGAUCAUCCAUUAUUAAAAUUAAAUAACGUCAUCAUAACCCCUCACAUUGGAACCGCAACAGUCCAAGCUAUCCAUAUGAUGGCAGAAGAAGCAAUAGCAAAUAUGCUGGCUGUUCUCAAUGGCCAACCCAUUCCAAGUGAAGUGUUUCCCAAGUGAUCUGUGCCAGAGGAUAUUGCUAAACCUCAUACGUAUGGGAAAGCACUAUAUCUUACAGUACCACUUUUAAAUUACUGCAAAGCUGUCAUCUCACUAGACUUGAUCUGUACUGUUAUUUACAGUUCUGAAAAAUAAAGUGGAAGUAAUAAAAGGGAUUUGUUUGAAGAUUUUAAACUGA